UCGCUCUCCACCUCAGAAGGAACCUGAAUCUGAGGGGGCCGACAGCUCCACGACCCGGGAGGAGCACUUUCCAGGACACACCAGCGCGAGCUUCCGGAGCCGGUUACUAGAAAGGAUAAGCGCUGAGAAGCAACCAUUAAGAAAAUGGCGAUGCCCCCAAAAACCAUUGUGGAUUUCUUACGUGCUCAUCGUUUAGAUCAUUGGCCAAGGACAACUCAUUUAAAAUAUGAUUUUUAUGAAUCUUUACAAGCAAUGGACAAAUUAAAAGAAGAGUGUUCAUUUGAUGCAAUUCAUAAACAUUUAUGUGAACAUGUUCCUACACAGCAUAAAGCCCUCUUAGAAAUGGAAUUCAGGUUGAAGGACUUAUAUGGUGAUUUUGUAGAACAUGUUACCAGAUUCCUGAAUUUUCCACCAACUCCAGCCUAUUCAGAGAAGGAAAAAAAGUUGGUAGAAAUAAAGAAGAUGAUAGAGAAAUUCAAGAAGAAAAGAAUAUUGAUGUAUCCAUAUCGUACCACUGAAAAGAAGAGUAUAGAGAAUUAUACCUUCCCAGGUUUCAAAGCCAACAAGAGUACCAAACUACCCAGACAUUUGGAAGCUACUGAAAUUUUUCUCUAUGUUUUAAAAACCCAGAAGCUUGAGAGAAAGAGUUUUAAAAUUUGGUUACCUUUGCUACUCUCAGAGUCAUCUAUUGAGCUCUUAAAAGAUGCCUUUUGGUGGUGGUUUCUACAUAAGUUCAAGCCUAAUCAAUGUGACCAAGAUCACUUGUUUGAUAGGAUUUCAGAAAAUUAUGUGUCAUUCAUCGUGAGAGUGCCGAACUAUGAGAAAGAUACUUUUUUUAAGCUUUAUCCUGACUGUUUGUCACAAGCCAUCUAUACAAUAUUCCAGGAAGCAUUUCCAGAUUCUUCUCAUCUAUUUGAUGAUGAAUUUAAAGAAGAACUAGUGACAACCAUUUUUCAGUGGGUGACAGGUGUAAUACCCCCAAGACGUGUUUGGACUCGAUGGAAUCUUGGUAGAUUAGAAGAAAACACUAUCCAUGGUACAAUAAAAAGGUUUAUAGAGAUUGAAGACCAAAAACUUAAAUGCAGAAACCUUUUAGAUAAAAAAAUGGAAUUUGACCUGGAAAAACUAAUAAUGGACUACAGAAAUGUGCUGCUUCCAUCACCUGAAGAGCCUGUGGCAAAAAAAGAGUCUCAUUUAGUUGGCCUUGGUCCACAAUUUUGCCGUAUUCUCUUCACACUUGGAGGCCAGAGUCCUCUGGUAGCAUACUAUAUGAAGGUGCAUGAAAUCGGGAGAAAUCCAAAACUUCCGUAUUCCAAUAUUCAAAUGACUCAAAUUUACCAAUGGCCAGCAACAGAAGGUCAAACAUACAAUGAAGUUAUAACAGAAAGCAGAAAAAUAUUUGCCAAGAACAAAGCUGCUCACAAGAUAGAAUCCAAAUAUAUUAAAGAUGAGAUAAGAGAAAUUCAGCAAAAACAUCGGGAACAUAACAGGAUGUUUGAAAGCUUUAAAGACAAAGCCAAACAGAGACCAGAAGAAGCCAUGCAUGACUGUAGAAAGUAUCUAGAGAAAUUGCGUGAAGUACAAAAAAAGGCUGCAAUAAGCAGGACACCAUCAGAAGUUGUUGCUGGAGCCAUAGCCUCGAUUCCUUAUUUUGCUUGUCUACCUACCUUGCAUCAUCAUUUCCAGGAGGAAGAGGAGGCUCAAGAGGAGAAAAAACCAGAUGAUCAAAAAAGCUCAACCUUUUCAUUGUAUUAGUUUAAUUAUAAUAAUAAAUCCAACUCACUUUCCAACACAUCUUGGUGUCAGUGAUGGAAGGGAGAAAACAAAAACA